UGCCCACCACAUCUCAACUCACCAAAAAGAACCCAGCUUAAUUUUUGCAAUCAAACAUGGCAGCAUACCAAAUCCCAGAGGUCGUUCUUGAAUCCUCCAAUGGCCGCAGGACCAUGCCUGUGCUCGGCUUCGGCACAGCAUCCAACAACUUGAAACCAGAGGUUUUGAUAGAAGCUGUGCUCGAAGCCACCAAGCUUGGUUACCGUCACUUCGACACGGCUUCGGUUUACGGCUCUGAGCAGACACUGGGAAUAGCCUUAGCGCAAGCACUCGAACUCGGACUCGUGGCUUCUCGGGACGACCUCUUCAUCACUUCCAAGGUUUGGUGUGACGAUGCUCACCCCCACCUUGUUAUUCCUGCUCUAAAGAAAUCGCUCCGGAAUCUUGGACUGGAGUACCUUGAUCUGUACCUUAUUCACUGGCCCAUCAGUGCCACGCCUGCGGAGUUGGAUCAGAUAGAGGAGAAGGAUCCAAUGCCGUCUGAGAAGGAUCAAAUGCCGAUGGACUUUAAGGGCGUGUGGGCAGCUAUGGAGGAAGCUCAGAAAGUUGGCCUCACCAAGUCCAUUGGGAUCAGCAACUUCUCUACCAAGAAGACUCAGGAUAUGCUCUCUUUUGCUACUAUUCCUCCUUCAGUCAAUCAAGUUGAGAUGAGUCCAUUUUGGCAACAGAAGAAGCUGAGAGACUUCUGCAAGGCCAAUGGUAUAGUUGUGACAGCCUUCUCCCCAUUGGGUGCCAUAGGAACCAGUUGGGGAACCAAUCAUGUUCUCGAAAGCAAAGAGCUUAAUGAAAUCGCCGAGGCUCGUGGAAAGACUAUUGCUCAGGUUUGUAUUAGAUGGAUUUAUCAAGUAGGGGCAACUCUGGCAGUGAAGAGCUACAACAAGGAGAGGUUGAAGCAGAAUCUGCAAGUGUUCGACUGGGAACUAACAGAAGAGGACAUUGAGAAGAUCAAUCAAAUCCCACAGCGCAAAAUGAUGGUUCGAGAAGAAGAAUUGGUUACGGCUACUGGACCAUUCAAGUCCCUUGAUGACUUAUGGGACGGAGAGUAUUAACUCUAUACUCUGUAGGAAAUUAUGAAAAUGUAUGUUUAUGCGUAUCAAAAUAAGGGUGCCAACCAGGUCAUGUACGUAUCUAUGCCAUGCAUUGUAUUUUACGCUGAAUACCAA